AUGAUUAGGAUAUCAUACUGGGUCCUGCCCAUCAUAUCCGGCGUCUUCUGGCUGGCCACGCUGCUCGCCCUCCUGAUCUACUGGAACGUCGACACGGGCCGCAAGAUCUACAGCUCCAUGCAGGACGGCCAGCGCAUCGCCUACAUCAGCGACGUCGGCGCCGCCGAGCUCAAGCCGCUCUUCAUCGCCGGCUGCUGCCUCACCACCGUCUUCCUGGACCUGUCCUUCCUCGCCGACCGCGUCCUGCGCCACCGCGGCCGCCUCGUCCCCAACACCACCCUCAGCGAGAAGGUCCUGUCGGGCCUGACCAUCGUCUUCGCCAUCAUCGGCACCGCCGGCCUCAUCCUGCUGUCCAUCUUUGACACGGCCCGCCACCCGCGCCUGCACGACAUCUUCCUGCUGCUCUUCAUCGCCGGCUACCUCCUGUCUGCCAUCUUCAUCUGCUGGGAGUACCAGCGACUCGGUGCCAGUGAGUCGGAGCCCUCCCCUUUUCUUCUCGACCCUCUCUCAACACAAACACUAACAUGCUUCCCCCCCAACACAGCCCACCGCGAGCACCGCGUCCUCCGCGUCUCCUUCUGGAUCAAGCUCCUCUUCGUCCUCGUCGAGCUCGUCCUCGCCAUCGCCUUCGCCGCCUGCACCUUCACCAAGCACCGCGACGCCGGCGCCGUCAUCGAGUGGGCCAUCGCCUUCAUCUUCUCCUUCUACGUCUUCUCCUUCUGCGCCGACCUCUACCCGGCCAUCUACACCAAGCAGCGCGGCGCCCGCUUCCCCAAGCGCAAGUCGCGGAACCUGCGCCAGAUGGAGGAGGCCACGCGCACCGACGGCCGCCACGACAGCGACCGCCAGCUCAACGGCGGUGGCGCUGCAGCCAUGAACGGAUACAGCACUCGCCCGACUAAUUUCUAG